AACCUCUCCUGCUCCCCGUGAUUCACCUGUCGCCCACGUCUGCAACUUCCGCCAACACGCCUUUCGCAGCAGCCUCGCCCUCGCGCUGAUAUAGGCGGCAGGCUCAUCCGGCUGGCCGUCCUCGCUCCUUACCCUCCCUUUUCCACUACUUCUGCUUCCAUUUGACGCCGCACGCCCCGACCGACACUUGACGUCGCACCACGACGCAUCACAUAAUAACAACACAACCCACACGACCCAUCUCAUUCUACCAUAACCCCGCCCCUUACGGCUUAAUACAGCGACGCGCACAAUGUCCGCCAUGAUGACGGCCGCGCCUUACGAGAUACGGACGGGUGGUGACGGCAAGAGCAAGAAGCAGAGCAUGGCCGAGCUCAAGCUGCGACGUCUCACCGAACUCAACCAGCGCCUACGAGAGGACCUCGAGCGACGCAGAAUACCCGUGUCCGAGGCGGCAUUAGAUCUCAUUGCAUUCACGGACAAGGAACCAAAAGACUGGAUGGUUCCAUCACGAUGGGGGACGAUUGACAAGCGCGACGACCCCUACGCGCCGCAACAGAGUAACGGCUGCUGCAUCGUAAUGUGAAGGAUGAGAAAGAUGCAGAAAGUCAUGUCCAUUACCGGCGUUCUGCGGCGCCCUUUUACACGGCAGGGACUGGUUUCUUUUUACUCUUUUGGACAAGGUUGAUAAUACCCCAAGGACCCCAAGUCGCGCACAGCAGUCCUGGGAGCGAAGCUAUCGGACGGGUCAUGUACUUCUUUUCAGCAAUGUAAAUUACCAGCGACGGCAGGGCUCGCUGCUGACUGAUGGUUGCAGCGCAGCGGGGGAUUUGUGUGUCUUCUUUUAUAUGCGGCCGGGGCGGCUUGCUAGUUUUUCAAUUACGAGAUAAAAGCGUUCUCAAAUAAUAAUCUCAUGUCCA